UGUCCGCCAUUACGUUCCGCCAUUUUGCUUGAUCGCGAGUGAACGUAAAAUUAUUCCUAUGCAUUUAUCGCGGAUUAUUAUUUAGUUUUUAAAUUUGUGUUUCAGCACUCUAAUGGCUUGUUUGAACACGCUAAAGUUAGAAAUCAAAACAUUAGAACAAGUGUUUCCUAAGAACCAUGAAAGGUUUCAGAUAAUGUCAGCUAGUGUCGACGAACUGACCUGCAGAUUCGUUGGCAGAAAUGGAAAGAAAUAUGAAAUUCACGCCAAUAUUACCGAGACAUACCCAACCACACCACCUGUGUGGUUUGCAGACAGUGAAGACCCUAUUGUGACAAAUGCAGUUCAAAUCCUGAGCUAUACACAAGGCAGAGACAAUCAUGUUAUAAACCAGGUUGGUAUAUUAUUGAGAGAGCUCUGCAAGUUACACGGAGUACCAGAGCCUCCCGAUUUAGACUCCCUCGCCCUGCCUCUCUACCCGGUACCCCAUCAGAGGGUACCAAGUGUGACAUCAAAUGGGGCGGAGUCCGGCACAGAAGAGGACGAGGAAAUGGCUGCAGAGGAGGAUGACUCGGAGGGAGAGGAUGACUUGCCACUGGAGAUGGUGGACGAUGCCGGACGCAGUAACAAGGACGACAUGGAAACAGAGCACCUAGCGACACUGGAGCGGCUGAGACAGAACCAGCGGCAGGACUACCUGGCGGGCAGCGUGUCGGGCAGCCUGCAGGCCACCGACCGCCUCAUGAAGGAGCUCCGAGACAUAUACCGGUCCUGCUCGCACAAGAACAAUAUGUAUUCUAUUGAGCUGGUGAACGACUCCCUGUACGAGUGGAACAUCCGGCUGCGCUCCGUGGACCCGGACAGCGCGCUGCACAGCGACCUGCUGCUGCUCAAGGAGAAGGAGGGCAAGGACUCCAUCCUGCUCAACAUCAUGUUCAAGGAGACCUAUCCGUUCGAGCCGCCCUUUGUGAGGGUUGUUUACCCGAUUAUUUCAGGCGGCUACGUGUUAGUAGGCGGCGCGAUAUGCAUGGAGCUCCUCACCAAACAGGGCUGGUCGUCCGCCUACACAGUCGAGGCCGUCAUCAUGCAGAUCGCCGCGACCCUGGUGAAGGGGAAGGCGCGCAUCCAGUUCGGAGCCACUAAGGUGGUGUCGCAGUCGCAGUACAGCCUGGCUCGCGCGCAGCAGAGCUUCAAGUGCCUCGUGCAGAUACAUGAGAAGAACGGUUGGUUCACACCCCCGAAAGAAGAUGGUUAAUGAACGCCCGCCACUGCCAUAACAUUUAAGACUAAUUACGUGAAGCAGAUUAAAUUUACGGUAUAGCCCAAAAUUUCAAAUACAAAAAAAAAACAACUUCCCUACAAAUUCCGACAAGUGACUUAUGCUAAAUUGGUGUAAAAUAAAAAUAGUCUUAAACCAACGUGAGGAUUCCAUAAAUCAAAGUAAUAGAAACUGAGGCAGUAGGUUAGUUCGUUAAGCAUGACUGAGGGCAGUGCGGAGUCUCGAGUUAGUAUGUGUCUUUAAUCAUACGUUAAGUGCUAUUCAUGUUUGAACGAAGAUAGUGUGCGGUCACGAGAGACUUUAUAUAAGACUUAUAGGAAAUGUUUAAAUGUGUAACGUUUUUUGUAAUCAUUCAUUUCUCAUUAAAGUUAUCCAUAUGGUAGCCCUAGACGUUAUACUGGAGUGUAAAGUUGGAAAAUUCUUUGCAUUUCUUUUUAGUUAUUGAAAUAAAAAAACCUGUGAUUCUU